AUGAAGUUAACAACAGAAAAAUCUGAUGAAGAUAAACAAAACAAAAAGUCUAAAGGGAAAUUUCAGGCAGAAAAAAUACUAGCAAAAUCAAUAGAAGAAAGGAAAGAUGAAGAUAUCCUGCUCAACUCCAAAUCCCGAUGCAGAAGUGUUGAGAAAUUUUUCAUUACAACUGAAUUUACUUUCAUCGGAUUAAAUCGUGUUAAAGGAUAUUGUGAAAAGAUUGUAGUGGAAUUCAACAAAGUUGAUUAA